CCAUUAGUUUUAAAAAAUAGGAAAAAUAAAUAAAGCUGGACUACGGGAAUGGUCCAAUUUGGCAACUUCCUUGCAUUGAUAUGAAAAAAUUAACACACGGGACGUUCUCUUUGAUCGUGGGGUGUGGACACAGCGCACAUUUGUUGGAUUGAUCGGAAAAGUCGUAUGGUUAAUAGAUCAGCUGAUUUGAUUUAAGUUCUACUAAGUUAAAAGUCUUGAUCUUCUGGAAGGCUUUGAGUCUUGACACUGCCGGCCAUUUGCAGCAAAUAUUCGAAGAAGAAACUUCCCAUGCAGCAGCUGGUUAAUGAUUUUGGAUCCUCUCCUCAAAUAUCUAUAUAUUAUAGGAUGAGGAGGACCACUUUGUGAGUCCAUGCUUCGAUGUGUGAUGGGGCAGUCUGUCUCGCAUUUCUUCUCUCUUCGGAAGAAGAAACAAAAAGAUUGGGCGUUUCCAGAAGAACUAUGCCGUCGUUUUACGUAUGCCGAGAUCAGUGCAGCAACUCAAUGUUUCGACCAAACCUUAUGUAUUGGUAGUGGUGGCUUUGGCUCAGUAUACAAAGGGCGUAUUAAGGUCUAUGGGGAUGAGGACAGGAUAGACGUCGUUGCAAUCAAGCGCUUUUCCAGAGAUUCAAAACAGGGAGUGCGUGAGUUCAGGGCGGAGGUACAGCUACUAUGCCAGCUCCGCCAUCCCAACCUCAUCUCUCUCAUCGGAUUCUGCCAAGAAAAUGGAGAGUGUAUCAUUGUAUACGACUACAUGCCCAACGGUUCCCUCUUCGAUUACAUCUUUGAUACUUCCAGUUUUAAACAUAAAGAUCCCCUUCCCUUGACUUGGAAGCAAAGGCUGAAAAUUUGUAUUGGGGUGGCGCGUUCAAUACACUACCUCCACGCAGGGGUUAAGCAUGCUGUCAUCCAUCGAGACGUGAAAUGCUCCAACGUUCUAUUGGACCAAAACUUGGUGCCCAAGCUUUCUGACUUCGGGUUGUCCAAGAUGGGUCCUCCUACUUUGUCAAAUGCAUUAAUCAGAUUGAACUCCAAUUAUGCGGUGUUAGGUACAUUCGGGUAUGUUGAUCCAGAGUAUGCUUUGUCCGGCCAGUUUACAGAGAAAUCUGACGUCUUCUCAUUCGGAGUGGUGUUAUUCGAAAUAUUGUCUGCCAAACAUUCGAAAGAGAUACCAGGAAUACGUAUGACUCUCCCAGCUGAUAUUCUGGAUCCAUCUCUCAUGGGAACAAUAGCUCCGGAUUGUUUGAUAAAAUAUUUGGACAUCAUCCAAAGAUGUGUCCGCACUACGGGAGCCCUACGGCCAACGAUGGGUGAAGUGGAGGUGGAACUUGAGCGUGCUGUGGAGCUGCAGGAGAGAGCAGAUGCCGAAAAGGAGUUGACUACAACUAGCACUCCUCUUGGUGGUCCUGCUGACUGUGCCUACGAUUAUCAAAGGAUAUCAGUUUCCGAAAUUAAUGAUGCUUUCUCGUUUCUGAAAGGCAGCCCAUACGGGUCUGCUGAUCUUGAUUCAAAUAGUAUUGAUGUUUCAGUACUUUCCUGUGACAGUGGCUCUGAAUUCGAAUAUUCCGGCCAGUAAACAAACUAUUACUUCAGAAAAAUUGGAUCAAAUUACAAGAUCGCUACGGGGACCAAAUUAUUCUAUUUCUUCACUAAUUGCUGUCAGUAAGCUAAACCAACAACAUAUAUAGACGGUGGCUGAAAAUAAUUCUGGCCCCCUUUUGAUCAUA